CCGGAGAGAAAGGGUUAAUUGGAGUAGGAAUUUCAUCGCACAUCUGUCAGAUUUUUAAGGCCGUGACGCACUGAAAGCAGAGAGUCAAUGUGAGCAAAAAGGGGAGGAGGAGGAGGAGGAGGAGGAGGAGAAGGAGAAAGAGUUGGUGGUGAGAUCGAUGAAGUGGCAGGCAGAGGGAGGAGGAAAAUCUCACGAGAUAAUGAAAGAAAAAGAGGAGAGCUGCUGCUGCUGCUAGUGGAGGGGGGAAAAAAGGAAGAGAGAGAAAAGAAAACGAGGCUAGACCCUGAGAUUUUUUGGAGUGGAGAAAACAAAGACAAACGGAGAGAGCGCAGACAGACACGGAGAGAGAGAGAAAGAGAGAGAGAGAGAUUUGUGGUCCGUAAACCUGCAGAUGGUUUUUUUUUUGGUUUUGGUGAAUGUAGCACCCCGGGGCGCAGCGGACCAAUUGUGUGAAUCUGCAGAGAGAGAGGCUGCUCGGCGACACAAUCGGAGACGAUGCACAGGACGGACAACAGCCGCGGACGCGCUCUGAGAAGUGGAGAAUAAAAAGGCACAAAGCGAGGCUUCUGCCGAGGAACACAGCUGAGCACCAAAGAGACAGACAGACAGAGACAGAGAGCGCAGAGCGUUGAUGCACAAGUGAGGAGAAGAAGAGGAAAAAUCGCAGUUAAAGCUCCUGAUGCUCUUGCAAACUGGUUUUCUGGGAGUUUGAGGGAGUUUGAAGACAGUACUUAACGUUAUCAGAUAAUUAAUUAGACACCCCAUAAGCCCGGAAAUCAAUUAAUUCACAAAUCAAUAAAUCCAUAGUCUGGUGUAACGAGAGACCUUCCAGACUGUUAGCCCUGCUGCUGAACAACAAUAACAAGAAGAAGAGCAACAACAACAACACACACGGGGUGAGAAAUUUAUUUGCUGAAGCUGAAGAUGGAUGGGGGUCUAGGGGAGAUGUCCCUCCACAGCCACUCUGAUCUGGCUCACACCCAGGACGGCAGAGCCAUGCUGCACUCGCGGGACCUUUCAGCUGCUUUCCCCAGGCCUUCCCUCGGGGGCCCCUCCAUGUCCCUGGAGCCGGAGCCCCGUCCACCGGGCUUCGACCACUCCAUGUCCGCACUGGGCUACAGCGGCGACUCCCCGUCCAGCUCCGGCAGCACCUACACCACCCUGACCCCCCUGCAGCCCUUUGACGACAAGUUCCACCACCACCAUCACCACCACCCCUGCCUCCCCGUCAGCAAUGUCAUCGGCAGCUUCACCCUCAUGCGUGAGGACCGGGCACACCUCAGUACCAACUUCUACAACCCCUAUGGCAAGGACUUGGCCAUGUCCCAAAGUCUGUCGCCCCCCUCCACGGGUUCAGGCCUGGGCUCAUCCAUGCACGGCUAUGGCAGCUUGGGCAACAGCCCAAAUGGCAACGGUGGACAGAUGCUCCACGGUGGCUACGACGUCCACGGGGGGAGCCUCUUCUGCCGGACAUCGGAUUUUGGCCGUGAGAUGUCGCCACCAGGCCUAGGAGGAGGCGAUGUGUCAGUGGGGCAUCAGCUGAACAAAAUGGAUGCUCACCAGCACGCCCCCAGCCACCAUCCUCACAUCUACAGCCAGCACUACCAGCCCCACCAUCACCCAAGCCAGCAGGCCUCCAAGAUGGGCGAGCACCUGCACUCCUCAUCGUCCGCCUCGUCCUCGCCCGGCGAGGGCAUGCUGCCGGGCGGCGGAGGAGGCGGCGGGGAGGAGAUCAACACCAGGGAUGUGGCCCAGAGGAUCAUCACCGAGCUGAAGAGGUACAGCAUCCCCCAGGCCAUCUUUGCCGAGAGGGUUCUGUGUAGGUCACAGGGCACUCUGUCUGACCUCCUGAGGAACCCCAAGCCCUGGGGCAAGCUCAAGUCCGGCCGCGAGACCUUUAAGAGGAUGUCCCGCUGGCUCCAGGAACCCGAGUUUCAAAGAAUGGCCUCGCUUCGGCUGGAGGCCUGCAAGCGAAAGGAGCAGGAGCAGAGCAAGCUAGAGCGCAACCAGGGCCCGAAGCGAACCAGGCUGGUGUUCACGGAUCUGCAGCGGCGCACGCUCCUGGCCAUCUUCAGGGAGAACCAUCGCCCGACCAAAGAGCUGCAGGUCACCAUCUCCCAGCAGCUGGGCUUGGAGCUGUCCACCGUCAGCAACUUCUUCAUGAACGCCCGCCGACGCAACGUCAACAAGUGGGCGGACGAGGGCCGCCCUUCCUCCACGGGUUCCUCGGGCUCCAGCGUUUCCUCCUCCGCAGUGUCCUGCAGCACGGCAUGAUGACGGACCGCCAAGGAGGUGCGGUUGGGGAGGGCGCUGAGGGAGCAAGGGGGCACAUAGACUGGUCUAGGCAGAGAUCAGCCGUAAUAAAUGUCCUCCUCGUUAUCAGAAGGAGCGACGGAGCCAGCUAUUAUAGAUGAUUUUAUGAAGAUGAAGCAUUUUCCCAAACCAAAGUCGAUCGCUCCCUUGAAAUAGAAGGGGGCGAUACCCAGAGUGAUAUGAUCGCAGGACGUGAGGUCCUGCUUGUAUAGUCAAGGGUGAAAAGAUGAUUUGACUCAAAGAAGAGUCACACCCUUACAUAGACACCAUCUCAUUGCAUUAUUUUGAUUAUCUAGAUUAGAGAUAAUGAGGGUAUUACAAAUCAGGAGAAAGCAUAUUUUGGUGUACCUUCAAAUCUAUAGUCAUCUCUCCAAACGUGAAGAAUCAAGAGGUGCCGUUUGCUCACAUCUGGAGAGCUCCAUUGUGUAACUUAAUCAAAAGUGUUCACCAUCAUCCAAAGACGUUAAUCCCCCCUCCCCAAUGUUCUUAUGGUCCUGCUUUUCCUCAAGAAUCAUGGUGAAAGAGGAAAAAAAGGCAUUUUUUUAACUUUCCAUUUUUUUUUCCUGAAGAGCCUAAUUCCCCUUUCUUAGCAUGUGUUUCCAUGGUGAUAGUUCCCAGGACUGUAUGGCGAUGUUCCAAGUUCGGAGCCAGGAAUUAUCUCGAGGGUUCUGUAAGCGUCCGUGACUCCCAGGUGUCAAUCAUUUACCAUCAACAGGAGCCUUUUUUCCCCCCUGUAUUUCGUGAAGACGGUCCCCGCCUUUGAAUGAAUCAGAGUUUUCGAAGGCGGGGGUUGGGGGUGGGGGUGAACCGCAGUGCAUCUCGCCGUACGCCAGGACAGAAUCAAUAAACGCAAGCAGGACGCAGGAACAGGAACUCGCCGGUGUGCAACUGUCUAGCUUUAAGACUCAGUGAGCUUCCAAAUGAAAGCUCCACGGCCAUUUUUUUGACUCCAAAUCAAGCCAAAAAAAAAAAAAAAAACGAAAAACAAAAAAAAAAAAAAAAAACGAAAAAUGAAAAAAUGAAAAACAACCUUUGAACACAAAGGCUCCAACGGGGGAAGAGAUACACCUGACACAAUGUAUAGUGACAUUGUAGUAUUUUUUCUCACUCAUUUCCAGACAACUGUACACACCUCUGCUCCAUUACGAAAUCUUUUUUUUACAGAUGUCUAGAAAAAUGGAGGAAUGUGAUUCUUUCAGCCCUUUUUGUACAGAUUUCAAGCACAUCGCUCUAUUUAUAGAAACACGUUGGAAGUGCGGGGCAGUUUGUUUCAGCCCCGCUGUGACGUACAAGGUCAUUUUUUUGGUCCACAAAGGAACGGCUUUAACAUGCCUCCUUAUAGCCAAUAGUUUAAAUCAAACCGAGAACGUUUCAAAUGCAAUUUGCUGAUCUGAUCAAUGUAUUUAUUACUGCAUUUGUGUAUUUAUUGUUUUCACCUUUUUUCUUUUCUCUCUAUUUAUUUGGUUAUUUAUUUAUGCUAUCUAUAUACUGUAAGUAUUUAUUUAACGAUGCUCUGUAUGUCUGUGUGAAACUGAAGACUUUUUCUGAUGGGCACUUUUAGCUGUAGAAUCCCAUCGUAAUACCAAAGAUUAACAUUGCCUCCCUGAAUGUACGGCCUGAAUCCCUAAACCCAGUACCCCCCGAUCCAGCCCAACCCACCCAGUGAUGUUACGUAUCUCUCUCUAUCUUCAAGGCCUGGCCUUUGUUUUUUUGUUUUCUUCCUUUUGUAGAAUAACGGGGAUUUCUUUACUCUUGCAAAUGUCUCUGCGGUCAGCUCUUAAUGCCAAGGCCAAAGCUUGUUUGAAUGUUGUGAUAAUAUUUAUAAUUAAUAAUACUAUGAAUAAUACCAAUAAUAAUAAUAAUAAUGAUGACGAUUAUGAUGUGGCAUCCCAUAGGUUCACAGGUUGCUUGUAAAGUUGUGUUCAGACCAAUGCCAUCUGACGGAGUGUGUAAAGUGUCCAGGGACCCCACUUAAAGCGCCGUCUUGAAGGCCUCGUAGAGUGCGCGUCCUUCAGGGUCACAUGCAAACAUGCGUACUUGUGUGUCUGCCUGGGGGAAAUGCAUGGUUGUGACCUCCGCCCAUCUCCCCUCCACCCCAGUGCAGUGCAGACACUGCUGUCUAUGUCCAAGUCAGUGUGAUCUCACCGUCCUCCCACAUGCCAAGCCCUUCUGCCAGUUGUCUCAGUUCCAAGGGGGAUUCUUAGGGUUUGUUCCUUAACCAUUGUUAAACUCAUCUUCAGGUGAUCUUGGGUCUUUGUUCCUGGUGUUCUGCUGUUGUUAAGGUGCGUUCCUCAUCUUCUGGAAAUCUUGAGUUUAUUGCCAGAGGUUCUGAUGGACUUAGGGAUUUGUUCCUGGCCUUUUUAGGGUCUCAGGGUUUGUCCCUGGCCUUCUGGAGUUCUUCUGAUUUGUUUCUCAUCUUCUAAGGAUAUCUGAUUUUGUUAUGAGGCCUCUUAGGCUUGUAGACUUUGUCCCUGAACUUCUAGGGGUCUAAGAGUUCAUUCCUCAUCUUGUAAGAAUCUUUGAUUUUGUUGCAAGGCUUCUGGGACUUGUAGGGCUUGUCCCUUGCAGGGCACAGGGGUCAGUUCCUGAGUAUAUGGGGUUCUUGGAGGCGUUUUUUUUUCCAGACUCUCUUGAGAUUCUUAGGGUUCCCCCUAACAACUUGCACAAACACAAGUGAUUUGAUUUGCCAGCGUUUUGCAUUGUGGAUGCCUAAAUCAGGAGAAAAUCACCUAAGAUCUGAUUCUCUGACCCCUGUGUAAAUGCUGCCAAAGAGCGGUGAGGCUUGCUUGGCCAUUUUCCAUCCUAUCUCUUUUUCUUUCUCUGUCUUUAACGUUGGAAGGGGGCGGAUUGCCGGGGCCCCCUUCACAGCGUGCACUUGAAAGACGGGCGGUCAUGAAAGAGGCCAUCGACUUUUUCACAGACUUCAAAGGGGAGGCUUUUUUCAUCCCGUCUUCUCUCUGGGUAUCUGGUCUGGGGUCCGCUCUCGGCCAGACCUGUGGGCUUUAGGGGGCAUUCAAAGGGGGCGGGGGGAGAUCAGAGAGGAGGCUGAAUCAUCCAGAAUGAGGAUGGUGGUAGUGGUGUGUGUGUGUGUGUGUGUUGGGGAGUGGGGGGGUGGUGGUUGUUUGAGGAAUAGGAGGUGUUGGAGUAGUAGGGCAUGGAGCUGAAUUAAACUUUAAUGAGCAACAAUUGUAAGCAUGCUGAGAGCAAAGGGGGGCGGUGGUGGGUGUGUGCGGUUGAGUCUGUACAGGAGUGGUGGUGGUUGGGGGGGGGGGGGGGAAUAAAAAAUAAAAGAGCUUGGAGACUCCUCUGCUGACCCCUGCUCACUACUGUCAUUGUAUCAAAGCUGAGGUGACACCUUUCAGGUUUCUCUUUGUCUCUCUGACUGGGAGCCUAAAAUGGAGACAGAGCUUUUUGUAUUGAGCCACCUUCUGCUCCUGUCAAGCGGGGAAGCUCUUCCCUUUCUGUACAGAGGCGAUGGAGGGAGGAAGAGAGGGAGGAGUGAAUUCAGUCGGCUGCUGCUGCAGGUGAUCUGCAUUGCCAUCUUAGCCUGCGGCACCCCCUAGUGGCUUUUUAUAGAAACUUGACCCUGAAACAAGCCAAGGCCAUCGCAGAGCAAUUCUGAGGGUAGUGGAAAUAAUGAAAUAGCAUAACUGAAAGCUGAUAUAUUACUUUCAGAAUUAAAAAAAAAGAAAAAGAGAAAAAAAAGUUUUUUGAUAUGUUUAAACCAACAAAACAACCAAAGAUUGAUGGGUAACUGCUGAAUCAUUAUGUAUCAUGGGUAGUUUUAGCAGUUCCCUAUCAGAGCUACCGUAGCACUCAGAGGAUUCAAAAAAUAAAAGCACCAGUGGGAUUCCGCGUGCUGAUUAUUUAUGUUUGCAUAAAACAGUAUUAUGUUGAGCUGGAACUGAGAAACUGACAUGAGGCAGUGUCUUCAGAUGGAAGUCUUUUGACUCUGUAAACCCAGUGUCCCCCUGUCUGUCCCCCUUUGCCCUCGCCCUCACCCCCUGUGUGUACAUGAAGACUUUACCCAUCUACCUCAACUGUGUGAGAUGUUGUGUGGCAAAGAUAUUCCUUAACCAAAGAAUCCAUCCUGUCAGGGUGUCUGUCUAACUAUCUAUCUAUCUAUCUACUAUCUAUCUAUCUUGUCUGUCCAUCCGUCUUCUUCUUCAUGCCUUUUAACUCAAAAACCAAAUGUGCUGGAAUCAAUCCGUAACAGGAGCCCCGAACGAGGCCCCCGUCCAGCCAAAGCUUUAAAAAUCCAGUAUGCUAGAGUGUCCCAUUGAUCCAUUUUCUGUAUAUAAAUAAAAAUCAUUCUCAAGACCAAAAAAAAAAAAAAAAAAGGAGGUGACAAUCCAAGCAAGGAGGAUCUUGCUGUAAUCAACGUUGCCUAUUCCUUGUUUUUCCGAAAUCUAGAAUCGUGUGACAUGCUGUAACAGAAAAGCCCAAGAAUCAAGCACUCAUCCCAAAAUAAAAUAAAGGUCGGAGGAGACAGAAGCUAUUUUUCCACAUUUGUAAGCCACCCCUCCCACCCCUGUUUUUUCCAACAUGUUUAGUGUAGUUGAAAUACUGUUUGAUCCCACUGUUGUAAGUAGGAAUUAAUGAAAUCCAUACAAAAAGCUUUAAACGGGGAAGAGCUGAGGGAAAUAUUAUAUUUGACUGAGUCUGAGUUUCCUCAGCUUGGACUCGACCCACCAUGCUUUAUCGUGCCAUUCUUGUCCAUGUGUUAGACUUACUAAUGAAUGUGGCUAACCAACCAAAGGCUUUAAGAAGAAAAAAAAAAUACACAACACUUUAAACGUCAAUCAUGGUGGGACAUUUUGUAUCAACAACUAAAGAAAAUCCCUUUGAAUACCUCAUGUGAAAAUUGUUUGUUGUGAUGUUGCACUAAAAAAAUAAAAAUGACUCAUUUGUAA